CCCACAUUAUCAGCAUUUUUCUUCAGCUUGCCUUCUGACAUAUUUCAUGGUGACAAAUCAUGGAUUGUUGGUAGGUAUGAACAAUAUGUCAUGGAUGUUUGGCCUGCGAUGGCCGUCCUAUUGUCCAUAGCAUUCAGCGUGAUGACUACUAGAAACAAGAUGAAUGCUAACUUCAAGGAGAGGAAAACAUUGGUUUCAGCUCACAAUGCUACCAUUCUUCACAAAUUGAACGUCCAGCUGCCCUCUGAUUGCCAUGUCACCAUGCAAAUCUUGGGAGAUAUAAUGGCUAUCUUGUUGCAAAUUCUGAAGUUUUAUCUUGGUUUAUUAUCUGAUGCAUGGUUUGUGGGCCUGUGUAAGGAUGCUUACUUCGGUGUUAGGGGAGCCGAGGAUGACGACGAAGGAGUGGAUGCAGUGGACGAGCCGCUGUUAGCAUAUACACAAACUCCUUGUCUCGAAGCGAGUCUUGCUGCCUCUGACAUAGAUCAGUUUGCCCCCUUCUUGUUGUCCCAGUGGGCUCCAAAUGGUCAUGCUUGA